UACACGCAGAGGACUAGACCGGCAAAGAAAGAGCAAAAAAUUUCUUGCCAGCAACACCGUACUACUGGUCUAUCGUCCGACGUCGGGAAGCACACAGCUGCUUCAGUUAGGCUGCGCGAAUGUUGUUCUGUCCAUGAACGGCCAUGCCUAAACUAAAGAAGAGUUCUAAGGGUGCGAAAGGAGGCAAGGAUGGAGCGGACAGCCCGACGCAGACCUCGUCACCAGCCCUGCAAGUUGACGAGCGUGCACCACCUCUGGCAGCCGUCAAUCGAAUAAAGUACGCCCCGCCGCAUCUGAAGAAGGAUAAGCAAAACCGAGGGUCGUCCCGAUUCAACAUAUCGUCAAAGCGAGAACUGACGAAACUGCCCCCGCUAAAAGAUGCCACUGGUGAGUCGCGGGAAGAACUGUUCAUUCAGAAGCUGCGGCAGUGCGCCACGGUGUUCGACUUCUCUGCUGACCCGCUCAGUGAUCUGAAAUGGAAGGAGGUGAAGCGCUCUGCCCUCAAUGAGCUUGUCGACUAUGUUUCACAUAAUCAAUCAGCCAUCACUGAACCAGUCUAUCCGGAAAUGAUAUCAAUGUUUUCUGCAAAUGCAUUCCGCGCUUUGCCACCACCUUCUAACCCCAAUGGUGCUGAGUUUGAUCCUGAAGAAGAUGAGCCAUCACUCGAGCCUUCUUGGCCACAUCUGCAGCUUGUAUAUGAUCUGUUCUUACGCUUCCUGGAAUCACCGGAAUUCAUGCCACCAGUGGCUAAAAGAUUUCUCGACCAGAAGUUUGUACUUCAGCUCUUGGACCUCUUUGAUAGCGAAGAUCCUCGCGAGAGGGAUUUUCUGAAGACCACUCUUCAUCGGAUAUAUGGGAAGUUCCUGAACCUUCGCGCCUACAUUCGGAAACAAAUCAACAACAUAUUUUACCGCUUCAUCUUUGAGACCGAGCGGCAUAAUGGUGUUGCCGAGUUGUUAGAAAUUCUAGGGAGUAUCAUCAAUGGGUUUGCACUACCGUUGAAAGAAGAGCACAAGACAUUCCUGAUGAGAGUUCUUUUACCACUGCACAAGGUCAAGUCUUUGAGUGUCUACCAUGCGCAGCUGGCAUAUGGCGUUGUGCAAUUCUUGGAGAAAGAUCCGGGGCUCACAGUGGUGGUCAUCAAUGGUCUACUGAAGUACUGGCCCAAAGUACACAGUCCAAAGGAGGUUAUGUUCUUGAACGAGCUGGAAGAAAUCCUAGAUGUGAUUGAGCCGUCCGAAUUCGUCAAGGUCCAGGUACCUCUUUUCCAGCGGCUUGCCAAGUGUGUGUCAAGCCAGCAUUUUCAGGUUGCUGAACGUGCCUUGUUUUUCUGGAACAAUGAGUACAUCAUGAGCUUGAUCAGCGAGAACUGCUCCACCAUCCUGCCCAUCAUGUUCGGUUCUCUCUACCGCAACUCGAAAACACAUUGGAACAAGACCAUCCAUGGGCUGAUCUACAAUGCACUGAAGCUCUUCAUGGAGAUGAAUCAGAAGCUAUUUGAUGAAUGCACAUCACAGUACAAGGCUGACCUAGCAGAGAAUGAACGGCAAGACAUUGCUCGCAGGAAUGCCUGGUCACAAACACGACAGCUAGCACUGGGAAAUCCCAAGGCGGACCUCUUCCCAGCUUCUAUGGAAGUUGAUGACAUCAUCAGCAAUGGAUCUGACAGUUACGUGGCGGCAGCAUCCACACCAGCAAGUACAGGCACAGCGGACACAGGUGCCACGAAGAAAGACAUUGAGAAUGCGGCUCCAACUGCCGCAGACUCUAAAAUGAUUCGACGAAAAUCCUUCCUGCCCGGUGACCAUGAAACCAAGGCCGCCCUAGAUCGCUACCGCAGCCAUCCUGUCAAAUCCGUUAAAGAUGACACGCCAGCAAAUUAGGGCCUGGCGGUCCUUGGUCAGUGGUUAUUAUAUUUUGAUGUUGCUGCGUUAAUCAGAGAUGGAGGUUCAGCCACCAGUUCUUGCCAUGACUUUGCAUUGUGAGUUUCAACUUCAGCGAGCUACAUUGAUGGCAAUCACUCUUGUUGGAUGCCCAGUGUCAGGCAGUGUUGUUGUUUGGUCUGCAGCUAGGUUCCGAAGUUGCUGUACAUGUUCAAGGCUGCACUCAUUGUGAUCAUUAAUGGCCUUGACUUUCAUCUUUUAUAAUUAUUUGCUCGCUCGGCUUGCUACUGUCGUGAAGCGGCUGGCAUAGUGCGUCACCAACGGGUUGAUAAUGUGCAGGUGCCGCAUGCCUCUCUGUGACCUUGUCCCUGCAUAUCACCAUCAUCACCGUUGUUGUCGUCAGACUAUCUAAUUAUUAUCCUCUUAACUGUUUCCGCGGCAAGGCAUUCUCAUCUCACUCUGGCUCCUCCCAUCUCCAGUGGCGCUGAGCUGCUGGUAUCAUGCUGGGGACCACCACUGCCACCGCCUCCGUCUCUGCCAGCCCCUGGUUGCCCCCGGUGUGUAUGUACAUCGGUGUUCACAGUAAGCUGGUGAAGGUUUGCGUGCAAUGUUGCGGUUGCUUGUACGGAUCGGCAAUGCAGUGCAUUGUCCUCUUGCCGGCCUGUGCGUUGUGUUGAGGUUGUUUUGCCCCCUUUUGUCUCUUAUCAAUCAGCCGUUGUCUUUCUUGUUUGUGUUCUUUUGUCUCUGCCAAUCAUAAUACUAUUGUCUCUGCCAAUCAUAAUACACCAUAAUACUAUUGCUUAUCAAACGUUUUAGUAGCCACAGAUUUCAGCAUGUAUUCAUCUGCCCGGGGAAGUCCCGACAAUGUAUAAAGAAUUAUGAGAUGCCCCAUUGGGCUGGCUCUGAUUGUGUGCACGUCUGUCAGAAACUAUAGCUCUUGGAUAUACUGCUGUUCAACUUUGCAGGCUGGUGUUCCGUUACUCUACAACUACUUGUCUUAUUCAGGAUCAUUUGAUGUCUGCAUGCGUGCUUAAUACAUCCAUAAUUAUAGUAUGCCUUACAUCUUCGUGUCUGUCCAUGAUUGACUUUUGUGGACAUGGUUUUCUUUUUUCAUUUACUGUUUAUUGCUGGUUCAGUUUGUGCUUGGCUUUUUUAUGUUCUUUUUUUCUAGAAAGAAUUUAAAAAAAGUUUCAACCAUCUUCUGUGA